AUGUCCAACAAAGAGAAUGCCGCACCUGUCGGCCCUCCUAUCUCUCCCUUUGCUACCUCACCCCGUCGCCCGUCGGAAUUUUGGUUGAAGAACCCAGCUUGGAUCGAUGGUGCCAUCGACCCUCCUCACUUUUAUGGAAGCCACGAGGAAAUCGAAGCCGCUCUACAUGCAGCAGGUGUUUCUUCGAACGCAUAUGUGGAUCAACAAGCUGCGCUUUCAACACCCACCCCGAACCAUUACGCAAACAUCAAGUCACACGCCCAAGCUCUCGGGGAAGGAAGAGACAUUGUCAACCCCACAAGCAGCACUAGCCCCGGCCAUCUCAUAUCAGUUGGAAUGGUCUACUCCCUCGCGGCGGCACCUGGUCCUGGUGGGCGUGCCUCAAAGGGACUUGUGAAACAGAAGCCGACAAUGAAGAUGACCAAGCUUGUCCUCGAUAAAAUCACUUGUGCAGACUUCAUCAAAGCCUUCCUUGCUACUCACAAUAUGUCUGACAAGUACAGCCCCGGGGUCCACUCUGGACCUGACUUCAAAUUGUGGUGGUCAGGCUCGCUUGGUGCCAAAUCUGGGGCAGCAACUAUCCAGACGGACAAGGACUUCUAUGUUGCACUAGAACAUCUCCUCUCCAAACCUAAGGGCAAAUGCACGGUAUCAGUUGAGUUUGACCUCGAUAACAUGAUGGGGUUCCGCAUCCAGCAACCACUCCCCUUGGCUGCAGUGAACCCUAACACCAAGACUGCGGAUGGGGAGCUUGUAUAUGGAACCAAGGUUCCUCAACUUGGUGGUUUUAGCGAGGUGACGCAGCUGCAUGGAUCCAUCAUCAUGGAGUUGAAGGCAACAUGGCCUUGUUCAACGCACCUCAACGAACAUGGUGGCGCUGGCUUCUGUUAUGUCUCAAACACAUCCGAGCAUGUCCUACUGAAUGCCAGGAGGUUGAAGGCAUGGGCAGCCACUAUCGUAUUCGUGAUGGACGUCUACCUGGACCUAGGCCUCGAGGCCAUGCAGGGCCAGGGCUAUCUGCCGCCACUCCUAGUAAUCAGCAACUUGGCACCCAUGUCCCUUCCCCUUUCUCCCAUCCCCACGGCCAACUCUGAGCUUCGAUCUUGCCUCAGUGACUUUGCUGAGGCCAAAGGCAUUGAUCUGACUGCAUGUGAAGAAGCUCUGACCGCCCUUGAUCUAACCCCAGAUAUCAUCCCUGACGUACCUGUCCAACGUCUAUGUGAUAUUACUCAUGCGACGGAAGGCCAGAUCCUCAAACUCCAUGUCUUUUGCCGUGGGUGGAAUGCUCGUCUUGAGGAGAAGAAGGAAAAGCGGCGCCGCAUUGAUCUUUGA